AUGACGGAGUCUUUGCCGUCGUCGUCUUCCUCUUCUUCACUGUCCCCUGGUGUUGUAUUCGACCCAACGCGGAGAGAGAUUUUGCAGGAAUUCUUGGCCAGAAAGGUUCACAAUCUUCCAUUGCCCCACAAUGCCAUCAUAGAGAUGGAUGUAUACGAUCACCAACCUUGGUUGUAUGCAAGUGGUCAUAAUGGUAAGUACAGUAAGUAUUAUUUCGUAAAAAGGGAGAAAAAAUCUAUAUCUGAAAGUGCGAAGAACCCCAAACGACGUCUUAAAAGCAAGGGAAAUUCCGAUACUGGAGGAUGGUGGCAGGCUAUCACUGGUGAUAAGCCAAUCCGUGAUAAACGAGGUCGUAUAAUUGGUUUUGAAAAGACUCUCAGGUUUCACACCUACAAGAACCAGAAGUUUGACCGUAAAGAGUGCAUUAAAACGGGUUGGAUAAUGCACGAAUACAAGCUGCCGCAUACAACAUUCCAAGAAUGGGUAGUCUGUGGCAUAAGGUACAAUGGUCGAAAAGGGACUGAGCAAGAAUAUGAAUCUCAAAGCGCGGGCCACCGUGAUAUGAUCGACCUGAGUAAGGAGGAGCAAUCGCAAUGCCUUGAUCAGCAUCUUCAACAGAAAGGGUGUUCGAUGUUGGAGGAUCAGCAGUCUCAAGCACAUCAGGAUUUGGCAUACGAUCAAAUCUGUAAUGCUUAUCCUCUACUGAAUAUUGGAUCAGAUGGGCAACGCUGUUGGGCAAAUACUUGUGAUUUUGGGUUAAGCGAGCAAGCAUCUGCGUUGGGAUGCCAUUCGACGUUGGAGUUGGACAAUAAAGCCCAAGAUAGCAACAGAUCUCUUCAAUUGAAUGGAUCGAAUGAGCUGGAGAUGGCAAAUAAUAAGGGAUUGUUAGGCCCUGAUUUUUGUGGGUUAAAUGAUCCAAGCUGGAAUGGGUUUCAAGACACCCAAGUUCAAUUACCUAAGGUUGAAUCAGUCAGGGAGAGUGAGCUCGAAGAUGGGAUUGUUUAUUAUGAUUUGUGGUCUUAA